AAUUUAUUAUCUUACAUAUGCCACCGCUGAAGGUGGGUUACUGAUUACCAGACAUAGAGAUCUGAAUUUGUUCUCUCUCCCCGAGGCUUGGUGCUAGAAUAUAAACACCCCCAAGCUCUAGCAGUGCUUUUUCAUGAAGCCAUCCAUGCCGAUCAAGCCGUAGUCAACUUCACUUCCCAAUUUAGACUGCCUUGGUGUUCCACAAUCAAAGCAUUAAACGUUCAUCCCUGUAAGGCCAUAUAUAACCAACUUCUUUUAUUUUCUCUAGUUUGAUUUUAGUACUUGGCAGUUUCAGUUCUAAUGGCAGAUAGUGAUGAUAAGAUUCAUGUGGCCAUGUUCCCAUGGCUAGCCUUUGGUCAUAUGAUGCCAUGGCUAGAACUUGCCAAACUAUUUGCUGCAAAGGGUCACAAAAUCUCCUUCAUAUCCACCCCUAGAAACAUCGAUCGCCUCCCAAAACCACCUGCAGAUGUAUCGUCUACUCUGCACUUUGUAAAGCUGCCGUUGCCGCAAGUAGAGGGUCUACCUCCAGAUGCUGAGGCCACAAUUGACUUGCCAGCUAACAAGGUACAAUAUCUCAAGACAGCCCUUGACAAGGUCCAAGAACCCUUUGCCAAGGUUCUUGAGUCAUUAAAUCCAGAUUGGAUCUUCUACGAUUUUGCUCAAUACUGGACCGGGCCAAUUGCGGCUCAACUGGGCAUCAAAAGUACAUACUUCUCUAUAUGCAUUGCAGCGAUGGUGGCCUUUCUUGGUCCGCCAUCGCCCUUGAUCGACGGUGAUGAUUAUCGCAAAAAACCCGAAGAUUUCACGAUCCCACCAAAGUGGGUAUCGUUUCAGACAACAGUCGCUUAUAAGUACUAUGACAUCAUGAACACAUUUGACUGUGUUGAGGAUGAUGCUUCAGGUGUCAACGACUUGAAGCGUUGGGGCUUGUGUCUACAAUCAUGUGAUUUUAUUGCAGUUCGGUCCUCCUUCGAGAUCGAACCAGAAUGGCUCCAAGUUCUCGAAACUAUCCACGAGAAACCCGUUUUCCCGGUUGGUCAGCUGCCUCCUGUAGAGUACGAAUUAGAAGAGAAAAAUUCAGACGCUUGGAGUUCAAUGAAGAAGUGGCUUGACAUGCAAGAGAAGAGCUCGGUAGUGUAUGUAGCUUUUGGUAGCGAGGCAAAACCAAGUCAAGCCCAGCUAACCGAGUUAGCACUCGGGUUAGAGUUGUCUGGUUUACCAUUCUUCUGGGUUCUCAGGACUCGGCGUGGGAUUACGGAUACUGACUUGAUUGAGUUACCACCUGGGUUUGAGGAGCGAACCAAAGGACAAGGAGUGGUUUGCACAACUUGGGCUCCUCAACUCAUGAUCUUGGCUCAUGAAUCGAUUGCUGGGUUCUUGACUCACUCUGGGUGGAGCUCUGUGGUGGAGGCACUUACGUUUCAGAAGGCGCUCAUACUUCUAACAUUCUAUUCAGAUCAAGGGAUAAAUGCUAGGGUUUUGGAGGAGAAGAAGAUUGGGUACUCCAUACCAAGAAACGAGUUGGAUGGGUCUUUUACUAGAGACUCAGUGGCUGAGUCAUUGAGACUGGUGAUGGUGAGUGAAGAAGGGAAGAUGUAUAGAGACAAGGCUAAGGAGAUGAGUGGUUUGUUUGGUGAUAGGGAUAGGCAGGACAAGUACGUGGACAACAUUUUGAUUUACCUCAAAAGUCACAGACCUGUCAAGAAAGCCAAGAGAUUUGUCUUUUAAUUUUCUUUCGCAAAUUAAACAGUCAGUGCUAGCCAGUGGCUGGCUCUCAUAAACAGUGAUAUGUCUUUAGAUUUCAUUUCAUAGCUUUGUUUUGAACUCAGAUUUCAUUUCAUAGCUAAGGGCGAGAAGUGAUUGAUAUAUCACUUAGAACA